AUGGCAAAGGGGGGUGUAGAGGACUCGGGGGGGGUGCUGGGAAUCCUAGCUGCAGAGUGGCAGGGGGGCCCGAGCGGGAGGCUGCGGAUCACGGCCAAGGGCAAGGUGGCCUUCAUUAAGCUGGAGGACAAGACCUCGGGAGAACUUUUUGCCCAGGCACCAGUGGAGCAGUUCCCUGGGAUUGCUGUGGAGAGUGUGACAGAUUCCAGCAGAUACUUUGUCAUCCGGAUUGAAGAUGGGAAUGGCCGUCGGGCUUUCAUUGGCGUUGGUUUCGUGGACCGAGGGGACGCGUUUGACUUCAACGUGGCUCUUCAAGACCAUUUUAAGUGGGUGAGGCAGCAGGGUGAGCUGGCCAGGCAGGCUGAGAACCCUGAGCAAGGACUCAAACUGGAUCUGGGCUUCAAGGAGGGACAAACCAUCAAACUCAACAUUGCAAAUAUGAAGAAGAAGGAAGGAGCAACAGGGAACACCAGGCCACGUCCCACCAGCCUUGGGGGCCUGACUUUGCUCCCACCACCUCCUGGAGGAAAAUCUUCCACUCCAGGUUGUCCCCCAGGAGAGCGACCGGCUUCGCUCCCGGCGCCCACGCGGCUGCCAGGCACCCCCAUCACAGACUCCCUCCUGGCCUGGCCCCAGCCUCCUGCUGCUCCUCCCUCCACCGACCUCUGGGGAGAUUUUGCCCAAGCUCCAGGGUCAGCUUCUAACCAGCCUCAGACAAACUCAGGCUGGGUUCAGUUCUGA